UAUCCAAAACCUCAAAAAAUAUAUCCAAAACCAAAAAGAAACGCGGCAGAGAGGGAGAGAGAGAGAGAAUGGAUAGGGGCUUCUCGGUGGACGAAAUCUCCGACCAUUUCUGGUCGUCGCCGCGGCCGCCGCCGGCCGCCGCGCUGACGUCGUCGUCGUCGUCGUCGUGCCGGUCUCAGCCGCCGCCGUCGAAGAUGAACAGGAGCGAGUCCGAAUGGGCGUUCCAGCGUUACCUACAGGAGGCCUCCGUCUCCGCCGCGUCGUCCGGGCGCGGCGACGAGGGCGACGUGGUCGAGAUCAAGGGCCCGCGCCCCGAUCGGGACCGGGAUCAGGGCUCGAUCCGGAAGCAGCCGCCCGACCCGAAUGCGGUAAACAAGGACGCGAGCGAGGUCAGCAGUGCCAGCCCGCCGCCGCCGCCGCCGCCGGCCCCGUACGUCGACAGCAUUGCUCCGCCGCCGGAGCCGCUGCCGACGAACUCCGAGGAGUACCAGGCUUUCCUCAAGAGCAAGCUCGAGUUGGCUUGCGCUGCCGUUGCUCUGUCUCAGGCACCGUUUGUCAUAAAUCAAGAUUCUGGAACUCCAGCUGACAACUCUCAGGCUUCAAAGGCAUCCUUAGUGGGAUCUCAAGCUCCUUCAAAAGGAGUUGGGCCUGAGUUGUCCAAGUCACAAGAUGAGGAUGCUGGCGGACUAGUCGGAAUACCUUCAUUACCAGCCAUGCCAAAGAAAUCUGGGAUACCUGUGAGGUCGACAACAAGCGGAUCAUCAAGAGACUUAUCAGACGAUGAUGAAAUUGGAGAAACUGCAACUACUGACCAUUUGGGUCCUCUUGAUGCAAAGCGCGUGAGGAGGAUGCUUUCCAACCGAGAGUCUGCCAGACGCUCGAGAAGAAGAAAACAAGCUCAUUUGAGUGAGCUUGAGACACAGGUUGCUCAAUUAAGAGUUGAGAAUUCUACUUUACUGAAACGUCUCUCAGACAUAAGCCAGAAGUACAAUGUAGCAGCUGUUGACAACAGAGUUUUGAAAGCUGAUGUCGAAACCUUGAGAGCAAAGGUGAAGAUGGCUGAAGAGACGGUUAAAAGAGUAACCGGACUGAACCCAAUGCUGCAUGUGAUGUCCGACAUGUCUUCUGUGGGUGUGCCACCAUUUGAUGGUAGUCCUUCUGAUACAUCAGCGGAUGCUGCAGUUCCUGUGCGAGAUGACCCAAAGCACCAAUUCUAUCAAACCAAUUCUAGUAACCCCGCAUCAUCUGCUGACGAUAUGAGAACCAACAAUGGGUUGGCAGAUAUUCCUGCAGCUGAAAAUGCGCAGCAGAAUGGAGCUGCCAAGAUCGGACGAACGGCCUCUAUGCAGAGAGUGGCCAGUUUGGAGCACCUGCAGAAGCGCAUUCGUGGUGAUUCAAGUCCUCGUGGCCCCCCGUACGAUGGAGAACAGUAGUAGCAAUAGACUAGCGAGAGGAUCGAUCAUUUUAGUGGAUAUUUACUAAUUCAUUAAUCGAAGCACAAUAAUACAGUUCGCUAAUCGUAUUUGUUCAAUUGUUGGUAUAUAUACAGUUCGCUAAUCGUAUUUGUUCAAUUGUUGGUAUA